AUGGGGGAUCACCAAGAAGACAAGUCUCUCGAGGACAUGUGGAGUGAGGCAGCAGAUAGCUACCGGAAGGCUACUGGUAUGGAUCUUCGAGGACCUCCCUUGAAGAUUGAAGACGUUUUAAAGAAAAUGCGCGAUACAAACGACAACCAAAGCAACCGGCAAGCACGCCGAGAAAGUGUCAGGCUGGUUCUGGAUCGCAUCACAGCUCUCAGCGAAUUGAUCGCAUCAAGCGCAUCCCAUGUAUUUCCGCCUGGUAUACUCUGCUUCACUGCAGUAUCCUACCUUGUUGAGACCUGCUGGGAGUACGAAAAACAGCGGGCAGUGAUUACAGAGCUCUUUGAUGCGAUUGCACCGUUCCUGGAGUGCUUCGACAUCUACCACAGCUCUGAGCAGCUCCACAAAACCACUGAUUCUCGACUCAGCAAAGUCAAGAGGGUGAUUCACGAACGCCUGCAAUGUUUCAUCUGGAUAUGCACCCACUUCACAAAGAAGUCCAAAGAAGGCAAACUCAAGCGCUUGGCUAAGGCAGCAGUCCGCGCUGACGAUGGCGUCUCAGAGAAGUUCGAGGAGAUGGAAAGACUCGAGAAGGAGGAGUUGAGAUUGCUCCAAACUCUCGGCUUUAUCGAAGUCCACGAGAUGCACGGCUUCCUCAAGCGUCUGGAAAGUAAGGAGGACCAGGAAGACAUGGAUCAAUGCUUGGACACGAUCAAGACUGCCUUGGGCAUCGGCGCUACCAAACACAGCUGGCAUGACACACAGACUGCCAUCUGGAAUGACACUGCCGAUUCGACCGGAGACUGGCUUUUCAAGAGACAGGACUUCAGGGAUUGGGAAAACAGCGGAGCAUCCGCAGCCCCUGCCGUGUUUGCGUUAAAAGCCGACGAUGGUUAUGGCCGAAGCUACCUAUGCGCCGCUGUCGUCCAUCACCUGCUCAAGCAACGGACCAACGAUCCCGAUCUCAAAAGACUCGUCGCCUAUUACUACUUCAAGAAGGACGAACGGGAGACCAACUCCAUGAGAAACGCCUUGCGCGCCAUACUAUGGCAAUUAUCCAUCAACAAAGUCAACAAGCCAUUUGCAAAAUUCUUUGCACGGAAGUGUGAACAAGUACAGCACCUGCCCUCAUCCAAGACUCACACACUCUGGAAAGAUUCCAUUUUGGAUUACUUGGAGCAUUCGCAGGUCAAGAGCAAGGUAUUCAUCGUCAUUGACGGGAUAGGGCAUGCCACUGAGGGUUAUAUCGAGUUCUCACGUAUUGUCAAAGAUGUUUCAUCAUUCGACAACGGGCGGUCAUCCAUCAGGUUCCUCCUGACGGGCACAAAGUCUGAUCUCGCCGAGCUCAGCAGACACUUUGACACCAAAUCUCAAACGACGGAGCUAACCGUCAGUGAGCACAACGAACCAGACCUCCGAUCUUUCAUCUCGAAGAAGAUGGGGGAGAUCAGCAGGACAUGGGACCAAACGCCCGACAGUGAGGAACUUCAACAGCAAGUCCAAAACGCUCUCCUGGAAAACACCGACGGCGAUUACCAGAACCUGAAUCUCACUCUCAAAGAAAUCAGCAACGCACGAGGAGUGCAGGACAUCAGACGGAUCAUAGAGCCACACGGCCUAAAGGUGUCACGAGAAGAGAGAAUCGAGCUCCAGUUAGCCAAUAUGGAGAAGGCGCUGACAUACCAUGAGGUCGAAAACCUCAACGAGAUUCUUCCCUGGAUUGUUCUACCAAAGUACGACUGGCCGACGACGAAGCAAUUGAAAGCGGUUCUCUAUCUCAAAGACGAGCAAACUCCGUUGAAGUCGGUGCGCAAUUUGAUAACGGAGAGGUACGCGCCAUUGUUAGAAGUCGAUGGCAUGCUCGUGCGCUCCUAUCAUACAAUGAAGUAUUUCAAGAAAGAGAAGAGUGGCCAAGACUCCCGGAAACCCAAAGAUGUCACCGCGUGGCAAGACGGUCUUUCGGCGGUGAUAUCUCCAAUCAUUGGGUCAGCUUCCCAUGGGCCUUCUUGCCCUGUUCAUCAUCUCGAAGUCGCUAUGGUCGAGAAAUUCCUCUCGGCUUUCUGUGAUGAAGAGGUCUAUCGGAAGUUCGGGUUUCAAAAAUUCUUUGAAGGUCUCCGAGGCAAUCCUGCCAAGAAGAUAGGGUUUGAUCCGGUGGAUGGCCACUCAAGAAUCAUCCUCAGGUGCUUGCAGGCACUCUGCCCCAAAAGCAAGAAGGGAAAGGCCGAGUCUGAACCUCUCAUUGAAAUUGCCAUUUCGCGACUUCCCUGGCAUCUUUCACAAAUCCGACCGGAGGAGCUCGCCUGCAUCGAUGUGAAGAGGAGGAAAAGUAUUGGCGGGUUGCUGUUCAGCUUGCUCAAGGACAGGAAGUGCAUUGAAGGCUGGCUCACGCCAGACAGAAUAGAAAAGGUCCGGCACAAGUGGCUCUAUCACCCGUCAAAGCAGAACAAAAGCAGUUUGGCAGGAAUAACCCUGCAGUGGUUCAAAGAUCCAGAAGUCAUUGCUGGGGUCGGUCCUGCCGAAAAGGACGUCAUAAACGGGAUUAUUUACGGCACCAGAUGCCUCGGAGACCUUUUUGUCGACACUACCAGGCUCGUUGCCGAAAAAUGGCUUCUUUUUCAAGAUUGGGAUGUUGCCCAAACUUUCUGGUGGGUUUCGGGAUUCGUUCAAAGGAGAACUGAAGGCUCUGAGCAGACCGAGCGCAAGAGUCACGAAGAUUCAGAAAAAGUUGCACCAUCUCUUGCUGACAUCUACAAAGCUCUGGAAUAUGCGAAAUCUGCCAUAGGAUCCUUCAAGAGCAGUGCGGUAGCGGAUAUGCGGCUUCUUGAUACUCUCAUGCGCUUUCAAUACUACGACGAAGCCAUCGAUGAGGCUCAUAGCCGCAACCCUGAUGGCUGGAUGAAACACUGGUGUAUCGCACGCAAGAAGCACGUACAAGGCGAUAAUCCCGCCGCUGUUGCUUCCCUUGAUCCUGUGAUGCAGAAAUUCAGUUCUGAUGGACGGCUUCAACAGGACCUCCGAACAUCCUGGAAAGAGAUCAUAUAUCUUCAUGCUGAGAUUAAUGAGGAAAAAGAUCCCCUGCAAUGCGCUCUGAACGCAUAUCAAAAAUUCCUCAGGAGCUGUCCAGCUCACUCUGAGACCAUCGGGAAGGCAAUAUCUUGCAUGAAGCGCCUGGAGAAAUUCUCUGAUAUCGUCCGACUGCUUGAAGAUAGGAAAAACGGGGAACAAAACGGAGGACCGCUUCUCAAGACGCUAUUUUUGGAUCUUGCCAAAUCACCAAGCUUCCAUCAUGAUGUCACUUUUGCAGCGGUAAAAGAGAACAGGCUCGAACUGGUCAAGAAGGCCUACGAGGAUUCAGUGGAGGCCUGCGAAUCAGGUUCUGAGACUCUGCUCUACCUACGUCACUACUACGGCUUGACGCUAUGGUAUCAGAAGGAUAGAGAAUGGGAGGACACCAGGAAAGCGAUUGAGAUCUGGGAGCGGAACGUCUUCGACGAUGACAUCCCGCCGGGCUCGCACAUCCAGCGCAUCACCUCGUUCAAGCUGUCCUCGGUAUACCUACAGCUCGCCAGGAACCACCAGUUCAACAAGACGCCUGCUGGCUGGUUUUACGUUUCCAAGCUGGAAACGCUCGUCCAGCGCAAGUGCGGGGAAUUCCAGUGGACUGGGUCCGAGGAGGUCUUGCUCGCCCGCGCCUAUCACCUCGCCAAGCAGGACACCAAGGAUGGGGGUUUCGCCGAAAAGCUGGGCGAAAACGCCAUGAGGCUCGCGGCUAAGCACGUCGGUCCUGCGCUGAACAUCCUCUGGGACGCUGAUCCGGAAAAGGACUGGGAAGGGUACACCUCGCUUUCCAACACGCUCGGCCACAUGGACGAUGACGCCAACGCCCUUGCUGCCAAGUUCCUCAUCGGUCCCCUGGAAAGAGAAGGGGUGAGUCCGGACGCUACGCACGAGGUUGCCGAGAUAAGGUAUCUCAGAGGACGCCUGAAGUCGUCCUGCGACAACUGCGAAUAUCCGUGGACGAACGUAAGCGAUAUGCACAUCUGCCGGGACUGCAUCCGAACCAUCUUCUGUGCGGACUGUGUGCAUAAACUGAAAAGUCCGGAUGACUCUAUCGAGCAGCGCCUGUGCGAUCAAAGUCACGAGUUUUUGGUGGUGCCAAAAGUCGAAGCGGUGCCCAUGGACUACGUCCGCGUGGGAAAUGAGCUGAAGAAGAUUGAGGACUGGAAACAAGAUGUCAAAUCGAAAUACUGCGUUUGA